GAGCAACAGCAACAGCAGCAGCAGCAGCAGCUCAUCAAAGGACUGCUCUGGCACCACCGAUCCACGCUGCUGGACCUCCGCUGCUGCUGCUGAACGCGGCAGUCCGUCCACGCGGCUUCUUCAUCAAGUCAUGGCCAGCGAGAAGCCGCCGUCCAUCCCAACAUUCGAAGAAAUCUCGGACGCAGAGAUUGCCCGUCGAUACCCCGCCGACUUGGAGCUCAAGCUGGUGCAGGUGGUGCAUCGCCAUGGCGCUCGCACGGCGGUCAGCGCAAGGCUGGACAAGUACCAUCCGGCGACGUGGACGUGCACGCCGGAUAUGGCGACCGUGGACGCAAUCACCCAGCCCGAUCCCACGACGAUGGAACACAGCCCUGCUGCCUUUUACCGCCUGCUGCAUGUGCCUGGUCGCCAGCCGCUGAUUGGCACGUGCUACUGGGGUCAGCUGACAGCGCACGGCCGCCAGCAGCUGGUCGACCUUGGCCAAAACCUGCGUCACCUGUACGUCGACCGCCUCCAGUUCCUCAGCCCGCAAUGCAAUGUCAAUGACAUUUAUGUGCGGUCAACCACCAUUCGACGCGCCAUCGAGUCUGUGCAAAACCUGAUGCUGGGCUUGUACCCGCCAAGCACGCGCGUCCCAACCGCAGCCAGCGCAUCUCCCGUCGUCGUCGACAUUCACACGCUCCACGAGAAGGUCGAAACCAUGUACCCAAACUACUCGGCGUGCAGGCGUCUUGGCGAGAUGAAAAAGGAGAUGCAAGCGGCCCCGCCAAUGACCGAGCUUGCAAAGCAAAUGGAGCAAGUGCGCGUCCGCACGGCGACUGCCAUGGGGAUUGACCCUGCUCAACUGUCAUCCUCCCUGCAUGGCAUCUACGACGAGCUGGUGGCGCGAGAGGCGCACGGAUUACCGCUGCCGACUGGUGUCACGCGCGACAUGAUCAAGGAAAUUGAGCUGCUUUGCGUCCAGUGGUGGUUUGCCGACCUCAAGCGAGCCCUGCCUUAUCGCCGCCUGGCGAUCGGUCGCUUCAUGCAAGAAGUCUUGGCGGACAUGCUUCACAUUGCUGCACCCACCGACAGCGUGGCACUGCAGCAGCAAACACAAGCUCUCGCCGAGUUUUCGACGGUUGCAGUUGAGCGUGAUGCGUCCGCAUCGGUGUCUCCCAAGACGACAGGACCCAGCCCCCUCAAGUUUAUGGCAUUCUCUGGACACGACACGACUCUUGCCCCGACUUUGAUUGCUCUUGGCUACGAUUUGAAGGAGUGGCCUGGAUUUGCCAGCAACAUUGCGUUCGAGCUCUUCCAAGAGCGAACGCAAGCGCGCAAGCAUGUUGUGCGCGUGCUCUACAACAACCGUCCUUUCGCCAUGCCCGGGUGCGCAGGAGCCGCGCGCGACAAGGCCGGCGAGUUUUGCCCGCUCGACAAGUUUGCCGAGGUGGUUGCCCAGAACUUCCCCCUCAAUUUCCAGGAGGAGUGCAAGUCUGCCCGCGAGUAGAGAUGGAUUGGGCUUGACUUUUUGUUUGCAGGUGUCAUGUUUUGAAGAAAGAAUAGGCGAGUUACUUGCUCUAUUCGAUGCAAUAAAAAAAAACAG